UUGAGCCUGCCAGGACACUAGGUUGUCUACUGUGAAAGGCGCUGGAUUGGUUCGCAAUCGAUAUCUCGCGUCAUGAUAGAAUCAUUUGCCUAAUGGCAGGAAUGCGAGGCACAUUCCUUGCCAGGAUUCGUUGCAAACUGCAAGAAUAGAACAAAGGAAGUGUUGGAAGUAUAAAAAGCGUUACGUUGAUCCCGGAGGGGUUACAGUUUCCUAGCAGACUCUCGUAAGUUCCGCGAUACUUGUCUCGCUUUCUGUGUGAAGUGCGUAAGAAGAGGUAUCUCGGUCAACCGAAAAAUUGCGCUUUUUCUGUGGAAUAUUCUAAGCCAGUGGUCAACCAUAGUCGAAAUGGCUUCGAUCCUGCCAGCAGCAAUCACCGGUGGCGAAAGCGACCGAGUGCUCAAGUCGAUGGACGCCAACCGGUAUGCGACGAAAAAGACGAUCGCACAGGGCAUGCUGGAUAUUGCUCUGCUGACGGCCAACGCUUCGCAGCUCAAGUACAUCCUGCAGGUCGGCGAGAAGCACGAGUUCUACACCCUGAUGCUCACCCUGAUCAGUAUCUCCAUCAUCCUACAGCUCGUUGUAGGAAUCCUGUUCGUGGUGAUUGGAAGCUUAAACAUUAAUCGUAAAAACGAACAGACGGCCGCAAUCGUCCUCAAUGACGUUAUAGUUGUAUUAAUAUUUAUCAUUUCACUAAUGAACGUAAUAAUAUCUGGUUUCGGCAUUGAACAUUCAUCGCAACCAUUGCGGCUAUUGGACCGCACCAGAUACGAUUCCAUACCCUCGUCCACCGCCAGCGGCACUAACAGUGGUUUCAGUCAUAGUCCCGCAAAUCCUCUGGCCCCAAUCCUAAUGUCACCACCAGUGCCUCAAAUGUCCCCAGUUCCGAUACCACCUGCACAUCUUCUAACACCCUAACACCCCCAUUUGCAGGUCUCGGCAGCCCUGUUGGCCGUCAUACUAACACUGGUUAACUUUCACAAGGGUGAAGUUCAGCAACGGGUCGCCAACAUCCUCAAUCAUUUCUCGUUGGCCUUCGUGGUUACGGCCCUCUUCUGUGACAUAAUCAAGAUGAACUUCGGGCUGGAUCCGGCAGUUCCGUACAUCCACAACUGAAAAUUGACCGCACAAUGUUUCGACUCACGUGCACCUAUUAUUAUUUCCGUACAUCAGAUCGCCCAAGGUGUUGCCUGUAUCGUGCUGGCCAACUUCGACAUCAACAAAGAGCAGAACCACAGACUGGCCAACCUGGUCCAGAACCUUUCGCUGGGGUUGAACCUGUCAACCGUGGUGGUUAACAUCAUGAUCAACGGCCUCGAGGUGAAACAGAUGAACGAUCAGGGACCUGGGCUGUCCGACGGGUUGAGUAUCAAGGAGGAGUAGGGCCGAGGAAUGUGGCGGGAACCGAAAGUUAGUGAUGCUGGUGGUGGUCAGGAAGGGAAAAGUGUGCAAUCUGACAUGGCUUUCGAAUAGUUUUUGUUUCUGUUGCUUUUGCUAUUCACAAUCAGAUGAUCUCAGUUGAACCCAAAUCUAUAACCAAAGAAACCAAAUAUUAUUAAGUUGUGGAACGUUUCAUGUUUGCAAUUACCUUUUUAAGAUGCUUAAGUUGAAUGUAACGAAUAGAUUUAAACAAUCGAAAUUACAAACAUAUACUGAGUUGAAAUCAUAAUAGAACAAUAAAAGUAUACGACAUCAUUCUA